AGCAAAAGGUAAAAAGAGCGAAGAUAAUCGAGCGAUUAUAGCCGUGACAGAACGAUUGUUCCUUGAUGAACAUAGGAAAGUAAAAGCGUACGCUGGUCGAAAAUUGCGAGUGACAAUUAUCUGGCCAUUAUCUCGUCUGAAAAUGGGGGCUGGUCGAUUUAUCAAGAUGGUUAUCAAGGUGGAGAAAUUGUUACGAAAGCGGGAAAAGUUGACCUUGACAGGAAACGAAAUGCUAUUCAACGACGAGCAACCAGCACGUUGUGACGAAUUUCACUUUUCGGGAGCUUAUUAGAUAAAAGAGCGUAACGAGAAUUUGUCAAGUUGCCUAUCUGUUGAACGAACGGUGAAGCUUCGUUCUCGGGCGGUCGGAAUUGACUCCGAUUAACGUCACUUGACCUAACGUUGCAAGGGGCAACCACGAUGUUGUUGUUUGAUUACUGUUCCUGCAGUACCGCGAUGAUUUUAUAAGAAAACCGGAGAUAAGCCUCGCGGCGGCCGACUGUGAAUGUGUUAAUUGUGUCUCGCGAACCAUGCCCUUACCCGGUUGGAACUCUGUAUUAUUAAUCUCCACGGUGGCCGCGAAUACGACUAUGGGAAACAGAGUUAGUUACAACGAACUAAUUGACGAAACGAUGACGAUCGUUCGAUCUUGCACGAGGCCCCACGCAGCAGCCGACGCGCUUCUACUAGCCGGAGAGUACGAAGAGUUCUUCCAACGAUCUCUGAUCAAUGAUCUACCAGUCGCGUUGAUCUCCCAGUCGAAAUCGACGACGUUCGAGUACCCCGUGACGCAGUUAUUUCGGAAGUUGGGCCAGUUCGUCGUGGUCGCGUCCACGUUGCCUUUGCUCCGGCUGUUGCUGCAGAGGACGAAGAACUCCGGCUGGAGCAAGUUCGAGGGGCUGCAUAUUCUCGUAGACAGGAAAACCGUGGAACGUGGCUGCGUGAACGCCCGCGGAUUUCUGUGGGCGGCCUGGCAAUACGACAGACUCGCCGCGAUAUUUCUGUGCGUCGAUCCUGACGAAGGGAUCGUCCUCUACACCUACAAUCCGUACUCGAGCACCGCGCCAGCGAUUUGGAGGAACGUUGGCCAGUUCAGAGGGCGCGGCGGACAUCCGUGGACAUUGUUGAGAAUGAAAUAUCAAGGUGGUUCAAGAACAUGCGAGGGCUUGACGUUCGACAAGGCGAAGGAUCUGAACGGCUACGAGAUCAGAAUGAACGCCAUAGACUUCGAGCCCCAUCUCCGAAUCGACUCGACCAAGACAGGCUUGCAAAGAUUCUCCGGUGACAACAGCGAAAUUCUGAAGAUAGUGUUCGAGAAAUUGAACGCGAGUGUUCGCGUGCGUGUGCACACCGGGACCGUGUACGAUCUAGGCGGGAUUGAUAGUCACGGGAGCAUAGUGGGAAUGAUGGCUGACUUGGCUACCGGCGAGGUGGAUAUGGGAAUGAACGCGAGAAGCUUGCAUAACACGUGGAAAAUCGAACACACGUAUCCUUACGGAGACGGUGGUCUUUGCGUGAUCACGCGGCGUGCAGGUGAAUUAUCGGAGUUCGUCAAGAUUCUGUCCUUCCUGUCGCCGUCUGUACACGUGAUAAUCGGUGUUCUAUGCACGAUUGCUCUUUUGGUUCUUGCAAAGCAUCAAGGAUUUCUACGAAGCAGCGUCAACAUCGUACAUUUCAUGGCUUUCGGGUCGAUAUACAGAUUACCUAGACCCAGUUCCUCCAGAAUUUUCUUCAGCAGUAUGUUCGUAUUGCACGUGAUAUUCAACGCGCUGAUCCAGGGUCACUUGGCCUCGCUACUUACUAUUCCCGUUUCUCUGCCGAAUAUCCGAACAGCAGAGAAUCUCAAGAGGUCUGGCUAUCAAAUCUAUGGAUCGAUGUUCCACGAACGAGAGCUGCAGGAUCCCGAGCUACGAUCGCGUUUCUACGUGAACACCUAUCACGGUUGCAAGCAACGUGUGCUGGAAUCGGAUCGCGCCGCCUGUUUAGACGACUGUCUUCACCAAUACGCGAGAAUUCAGAACGACAGCGUUCUCCAUCGGUCCAGAAAGAUACAGCAGAACCUGCUGGUGUACGUGACCAGGGAAAACUGGCCGCUGCUUGCUUCUGUGACGCGGAUCAUUCACAGAACGGUGGAGGUCGGAAUAGCAAUGCUGUGGAAGAAGGCGAGCACCAGGAAGAUGUACAGGGCGAGGAAGAGACGAUGGACGAAUCGAAAGAGGAAGUUCCGAAAUCUGGAGAUCCGGCACGUGUUGUUCAGCUUCUAUAUGCUCGCCACUGGCCUCUUCGUAGCGACUGUGACGUUUGCUGCGGAGAUGAUCGUUGGACGACGCUGACAAAUCGUCGAGGAAUUUAACGAGACGAGUCGAUUCGAUGUACCGGAUUAACACUUCCCCGGCGGGAUAUUUGAAAUGACAGUCGCAUAUAGGAAAUAUGAUUUUUAUGUGUGCUUUGUAAAUAACUGUACAAUAUUUGUUAUCGUGCCAUAUUAAUUCAAUUAAUUUUAAUUUUAAUCGAUGCACUGUAACAAUCGAACUUGUGUUUUUCAAGAAUUCGGCUAGCACUUUCCUGGCGGGGAAAUUUGAAAUGACAGUCGCACGUAGGAAAUAUUAUUAUAUUUUAUGUAUGUUUUGUACAAUUUUUCUCGUCGUAUCAUAUUAAUUUAACUAUUGUAAUAUUACUGUGUACUGUAACAACCGAACUCUGAUUGAUGUGACUGAUUUCAGACUAUCGUUUUGAAUUACUUAAAGGAUAAACGGUUGUUCUUGUCGAAAUCAAUAUUAAUUUCUGUUUGGACAGAAACACGAAUUGUAUAAAUCCACAUAUUUUAGUUAUCGUUUAAAUUAUACCAAUUUAUAUGUAGAAUAUAUUGAUGCUAGCGUUAACAAAUAUUUUCAUUUAUUUUAUUUAUUUGAAUUAAUAUUUUCGUUUAUUUUAUUUAUUUGUAUUAAUAUUUUUGGACAAACAAAAUCAAGCAUUAUAUGUGACGCCUGCCGUGAAAGUGUUAAGAAGUAAAUCACGAUAGUAAAAUUCGUACUGAUAAAAUUUUCGAUUCAACGAAAUUCAAGGUUCUUAAUCAACCCGGAAAUGUGGGACGACGUAAUCUGAUAAUUAAUUAUAGGUAAUUUGUAAUGUCUUUUCCUUGAAGUGAAGUUGAUAUCCGUGUAUAUCUAUAAUGUGCGCGUUGUUAUUUUAAUAGGCAACCAUAAACGUUUCACGUGUGCCGGGUUAACGCGAGGAAGCUCAUUAAUCGAACGAACUUCUCUGCUUAAUUUUUCUGUACAACAAAUAUGACGAUAUGUGCGAAAAAUGGACGAUAAUCCAGCGCCACUGAGAAGGGACAUUAAAGAAUGAAUGUUAA